UCAUCGUGCAGUCGCAUAGAGUAACUCAAGAUUUCUACAUCGUUAUAACCUAACUCUCUGAUUUAGCAAUCUACAUUUUUCAAAUAAUUUCGAUUGUGACGAUGCAUUGUACGCAAUUUGUCUCACAAACUAGUUCUAUGUCGAGAUAUGAGUCGAAAUUUUUUAUUAUUGCUUGACAAUCUUCAGGAUUUAUUUGACACAUUUUCUAACAUGGAAGAAUACGCAAGAGAACCAUGCCCUUGGAGAAUUGUUGACGAUUGUGGAGGUGCCUUUACAAUGGGAGCUAUUGGAGGUGCUGUAUUUCAAAGUAUAAAAGGCUUUCGAAAUGCUCCCAGUGGAAUGAAUAAAAGAUUAUUGGGAAGCAUGAUGGCAAUCAAACAAAGAUCCCCAAUCAUUGCUGGUAAUUUUGCAAUUUGGGGUGGCAUGUUCUCUACUAUAGAUUGCACACUAGUACACUUCAGAAAAAAAGAAGAUCCUUGGAACUCAAUCAUAAGCGGUGCUGCCACAGGAGGUAUAUUAGCUGCAAGGAACGGUGUGCCAGCAAUGGCAGGUAGUGCAAUAAUUGGAGGAGUUUUAUUAGCCCUCAUUGAAGGAGUUGGUAUACUAUUCACAAGACUUUCGGCAGAACAAUUUAAACCGCCACAGCUUGUUGUUGACGAUCCAUCACAACUUGGACCACCACAAGGAAAUCCUUCGUAAAAUGUACAUAUGUAUAAAUAGGAUUAUAUUCAUAGACUAUUUUAUCAUAAAUUUCAAAGACAGAUAGUUGACUACUAUAAUUGUUUGAUCACUUAUAUGAUGAAUGUGUAUAGAUUAUCAAUUUUUUA